AUGGCUCCAGAUUUGAACACAGUUCCUUCAUCUCCACGACUAGACAAGAAGUCAAAUUCCCCUUUCACCAAUACCAACAACAUGCCUUCCGGUUCGAAGCCCAACAUUUUAUAUAUCAUGGCAGAUCAGUUGGCAGCACCUUUACUAAAGAUGCACAACCCCAAAUCUCAAAUUCAAACACCACAUCUUGAUGGACUUGCCAAAGAAGCCGUCGUCUUCGAUUCCGCAUAUUGCCCUUCGCCACUGUGCGCCCCUUCACGAAUGUCAAUGGUGACUGGUCAAUUACCAUGCAAAAUUGGUUCAUACGAUAAUGCCAGUUCCAUCGAUCCCUCUACUCCCACCUACGCACAUUACCUACGAGCUGCGGGAUAUGAGACGACGUUGGCGGGAAAGAUGCAUUUUAUUGGAGAACAGUUACAUGGUUAUGAGAGUCGUUUGACGAGUGAUAUCUAUCCCGGAGAUUAUGGUUGGGCGGUCAAUUGGGAAGAUCCCGAGAAGAGAUUGGAAUGGUAUCACAAUGCUAGUUCGAUUCUACAAGCUGGGGUUUGUGUGCGGAGUAAUCAAUUGGAUUAUGAUGAGGAGGUUAUGUAUAAGUCAACUCAAUUCCUUUAUGAUCACGUUCGUAAAGGUCCAAAUACUAGACCAUUCUGUAUGACUGUAUCACUCACUCAUCCACACGAUCCUUAUAAUAUUCAAAAGAAGUUUUGGGAUCUCUACGAAGGUGUCGAUAUUGAUUUACCCGAGACCAAGAUUCCACAAGAAGAAUUAGAUGCACACAGCAAGCGAUUAUUGAAAGUCUGUGAUCUUUGGGGUAAAGAAUUCACCGAUGAUCAAAUCAAGAGAGCCAGACGUGCAUACUACGGAGCCGUCAGUUAUGUUGAUGAUUGCGUUGGAAAAUUACUUCAAGUAUUGAAGGAUUGUCAACUUGAUGAAAACACCAUCAUUGUAUUCAGUGGUGAUCAUGGAGAUAUGCUUGGAGAACGAGGUCUUUGGUAUAAGAUGUCAUAUUUCGAGUCAUCAGUCCGAGUACCUCUUCUCGUUCAUUACCCCAAAUAUUUCAACGCUCAUCAUGUAUCUGAGAAUGUUUCUACAUUGGAUAUUCUGCCUACCUUGGCCGAUCUUGCCAAUGUUGAAUUAUGGCCCGGUUUACCAAUGGAUGGUUCAUCCCUUCUUCCACAUCUUCAAUCACGUCCCGGUGGAUCCGAUACGGUUUUUGCCGAAUACUGUGGUGAAGGUACCAUCUCACCCAUGAUGAUGAUUAGACGUGGACCAUGGAAAUACAUCACAUGUCCCGCUGAUCCCGAUCAACUAUACAAUCUCAGCAACGACCCCAAAGAAAUCAUCAACCUUGCCUCUCUCCCCACCAAACACGCACUCAUGACGGAAGAAACCAGCAAAUUCCUGAAAGAUUUCCAAGCCGAAGCAGCAGCUAAAUGGGAUUUCCGAAAGAUCACCAACGAUGUUUUAUUAUCUCAACGCCAACGACGUCUAGUAUGGAGUGCGCUUAAAACUGGUAAGUUUACGAGCUGGGAUCAUAAUCCUAUUGAUGAUGGUCGUGAGAAAUAUAUUAGAUCGCAUAUUCCUCUUGAUGAUCUGGAGCUAAGAGCGAGAUAUCCACCAGUUGAUAGUCAAGGGAGGGAAUUGGUGGGGGUGGGGAUGGGUGGUUCGGGGGCGGGAGGGAUGGGGAGUGUGGUUUAUGAUCAGGCUGGUGCUCAUGGUCAAUGA